UGACACCGCGGUCUCGCCCCGCCUGGCCCCGCCCGUGCGUCCAUAACAUCCACUCUCACUCUCUGUCUGUCUGGAACCGCCCUCCGUAAUGUUCCCAUCAUCAUCAUGAACCCACCGCGGUCCAGGCAAAGUCAAGGCAGAAGAGCUCUCGGCCUCGAACAACCCCGGCGGCGGUGCGUUCCAGGACGCGAACCCUUUCCUCCCUGCGACCGAGGCCCAACGCAUGAUGGGCGCUUACCCCGACGGCGACGUCGCGCGCGCGUCCCUCGCGCAGAUGAACGAGAUCUCGCGACGUGCCGAGGUCGCGGGGAUGUCCUUUGCCCCGCCCGCUGCGGGCGCCAACAACGCUGGCGCGGGCAGUGGGAACGCGGGGGCGUCGAGCUCGAGAGGCGCACAGACCCCCGCGGGGAGCAUGUCGAGGAUCAUGGCCGCUGCGGCGGGUUUGGGCGGCGACGCGCCUGUGCGCCCCAUGUCCCGUCAGGAUGCGCUCGCUAGGAUUGAGGAGCUAUCACGCCAGCGGCCCGCAUCAGCUCAAGGCCAGGGUCAAACCCAGGGGACGACCUCACAGACUGGCGCGUCCACCUCCACGGGCACCUCCUCUGAGACGACGGGCUUUGACCCCGACGCGUUCCUGCUCGGCGCAGGCGCGGUCGGGGCCUAUGGCCAGCAGAGCCUGUCGCAUGAGGGCUUGCAGGUGUUCACGGUGGGCCACCUGAUGCCGAAGAGCACGCUCGAGGACGAGAACGGGAAUUGGGCGAUGGACGCGAACAUGCUUAACCAGGUCGUGAUGCCCACGCCGCAGGGCAUGGGCGGCGACCCUGAGCAGGAGGACGAGGGGAGCCCGAAGGGCCCGUACUCGCUUGGUGCGGCUGCGGCUGCGGCUGCUGCAUCGAGCAGCGCGGCGCCUGCGUUUGGCGAGGCGGGCCCGAGCACGCGUCCUGGGAGCGCACAGAAGCUGCGCGUGCGGCGGAGCACGUACGUCCCCGGGUGGGCGGUCCCGCCCCGCGUGCUGCUGGUGGACGACGACGCGGUGUCGCGGCGGCUCUCGAGCAAGUUUUUGCAGGUGUUUGGGUGCACGAUCGACGUGGCUGUGGACGGCGUCGGCGCGGUGAACAAGAUGAAUUUGGAAAAGUAUGAUUUGGUGUUGAUGGAUAUCGUGAUGCCCAAGUUGGACGGUGUGAGCGCGACGUCGCUCAUUCGCCAGUUUGACCAUAUGACGCCGAUCAUUUCGAUGACGAGCAAUUCGAAGCCGAAUGAGAUUAUCAAGUAUUAUUCGUCCGGGAUGAAUGAUAUUCUGCCGAAGCCGUUCACGAAGGAUGGGCUCUUGGAGAUGCUCGAGAAACACCUUAUGCACCUCAAGGUCAUCCAGACGAUGCAAAAAGUCCCACGCAGCGUGGGCAUCCCACCGCUCUCGGACCCCAACUUUGACCAGGCGCUCACUUUGCAGGUCAACGCCGCCGCGGCGAACAGCGGCGGGCUCGGGCUCACUCCGCUCGGCGAGGACGACGGGAAGAUCAACCCGCUUGCGGGGAUGGGCCUCACGGAUGAGCAGUAUACGCUUAUACUGCAGAAUCUGGUGAAUGGCGAGUCGUUCAUGGGGAUUGGGUCGCUUGAUGGUGGGAUGGAGGCUGUGGGCGUUACGGGCGGCAAGCGGCCCCUUGAUGAUGCGUCGGAUGGGCGGGAUCCGAAGCGCAGUCGGUUUGAAGUGGUCGAGUGAGCCGGCCGUGCUCCGUGCGUCUUAGAGGAGAUUUGGAGAGCGCCGCUGUCGCGGACGCGUUAAGUUAUUGUUGAUUGUGGACCAUGACGUUGUCAAGAUGAAAAUGAACGCCCCCUUUCCCUAUCCUACCCGUACAUGCCUGCAUGCAUGCGUGCGAGCCAAAGUCCACCCCGCUCCCUUUCCCUUGCCUUUCAUGCACCCUCCCUGUAUUGGUCAAGUUACCCGAGGUCUACGGAUACGCGCCUCACAUCAUGUUAUGAUACUAUCACGCUAUGCCCAUGCUCGAUCUGUCCACUGUCAGACGCACGCCA